GAAGCCGAAAAAGGCGUGGUCUUCAUGUCUUUUUGAAGUCUGUCUAUGCCGAAUCGUUACACGGAUAUUUCAGUGGUUACUGGUUGAAUAUUUUUUGGAUUAUGUCAAGCUUGCGUGCAUAUCUGUAUACUUGUUUUUCCUGUCUCGUGCACACAUUUUUAUGCGCACACCUUAACUCAACCAGUCAGUCUGUCAGACAGUCAGGGCUUGGUACAGUUCUGUUCUGUUCCAGUUUCCAGUAAGCUGAUCCUGUUGGCAAAGGCUAGUGGGGAGACUUCCUUUUCUGGAAGGACCUGAUGCAUCGUGUUAAUGAUCCUCUCUCUCUUCCACCCUAUUUCUUUCUCCCUCUCUCUCUCUCUCUCCCCGUCUCUCUGCUGGCCUGUUCGAGGAGAGUCUCAUUUCAUAUUACAACGUCUGGGCAGGGAGCGACAGCAGAGAUCAUCCAGCCGGCAGAGUGAAGUGGAUCACACCCCCUUUUCAACCUAUUGCUCUCUCUCUCUUUCUCACACUUUUUUUACUCUCGUCUUUCUCCUACUUUACGCCUUAAUCACUGUUUUUUUUGUCUUUUCUUUUUCUGUCUCUCUUCCCAUGUAGCAUUUUUGUGUGUCUUUGCCUCUUUCUGAAAGUGUGCCUCUAGACUCCACGCUCAGGUAGGCAGCACGACACCAAGUCAGGAAUACACUCCUUCAGUCUACUUCUCUAUCUAUCUUUUCUUUCUUCUUGCAUCACAUAUAUCAACAUCCUCCACCUCUUCAUCUUCCUUCUCCAUCUCUAUUUCUCCACUUUCCUCCUGCCUCCACACCCUGCCUCAGAGCGCGUUGGAGAGAGUCGCCAAUUGCGCACAGAGAAGGCAGCAAGUGGGAGUGGACCUCAGUGAACGUGCUUGCAAGUGUGUGCGAGUGUUUGUGAACGUGGAGAGGAAGAGGAGAGAAGAAGAAGGAGGAGGAGGAGGAGGAGGAGGAGGGAGUGAGCAUCAGCACAGUCCUCCCAGUCUCUCCUCGCUUCACGCACACUCCCACUUUGCAUGGAACAGUCCUUCUUUCACUGCUUCUAAAUGGACAUUUCUGUGGCAGCGUUUAAGCAGUGAAGACAGCAGCUGCUGCCACUCUACUCCAUGAGCUCCUACAUGCUGGAUUAAAAAAAGUGAAGAGAGGGGAAGAACAGUGGGAGAUCUCUGAAUAUGAGUGAGGAAGCUAAGGAGAAAGCAGGCGGCGGGAAAGGAGCCCAUCGCAAGAAGAAAGGCAAAAAGUCUGAUAGCAAUGCCAGUUACCUACGAGCUGCCCGGGCAGGGAACCUCGAAAAAGUCCUUGACUACCUCAAGUCUGGGGUUGAGAUUAACAUUUGCAAUCAAAAUGGUCUAAAUGCUCUUCAUCUGGCCUCCAAGGAGGGACAUGUAGAGGUUGUUGCUGAGCUGCUGAAGCUCGGAGCCACUGUGGACGCAGCCACAAAGAAAGGAAACACUGCUCUGCACAUAGCGUCGCUGGCUGGCCAAACGGAAGUCGUCAAAGAGCUGGUCACUAAUGGAGCCAAUGUCAACGCACAAUCUCAGAAUGGCUUCACUCCUCUGUACAUGGCAGCCCAGGAGAAUCACCUGGAGGUGGUGCGGUUCCUUCUGGAGAACAGCGCCAGCCAGAGUAUCGCCACUGAGGAUGGCUUUACCCCUCUGGCAGUGGCCCUCCAGCAGGGCCAUGACCAGGUGGUCUCCCUGCUAUUGGAGAACGAUACAAAGGGCAAGGUGCGCCUACCUGCCCUGCACAUUGCCGCACGCAAGGAUGACACCAAGGCCGCGGCCCUGCUCCUGCAGAACGACCACAACGCAGACGUCGAGUCCAAGAUGAUGGUGAAUAGAACAACAGAGAGUGGUUUCACCCCCCUCCACAUCGCAGCGCAUUAUGGCAACAUUAAUGUGGCCACGCUUUUGCUGAACCGCGGAGCUGCUGUGGACUUCAUGGCUCGGAAUGACAUCACACCGCUUCAUGUGGCCGCAAAAAGGGGCAACAGCAAUAUGGUGAAGUUGCUGCUGGACAGAGGGGCCAAAAUUGAUGCAAAGACCAAGGACGGUCUGACACCUCUUCAUUGUGGGGCACGGAGCGGACACGAGCAGGUGGUAGAAAUUCUUCUGGACAGAGGAGCUCCUAUACUGUCCAAGACCAAGAACGGCCUAUCGCCUCUCCACAUGGCCACUCAGGGGGACCACCUGAACUGUGUCCAGCUCCUGCUCCAGCACGACGUGCCCGUGGAUGACGUCACCAAUGACUACCUUACGGCGCUGCACGUUGCUGCCCACUGCGGUCACUAUAAGGUGGCCAAGCUCAUUGUGGACAAGAAGGCCAACCCAAAUGCCAAGGCUCUGAAUGGUUUCACUCCGCUUCAUAUCGCCUGCAAGAAGAACAGAGUCAAGGUGAUGGAGCUGUUGCUUAAACAUGGAGCGUCUAUCCAGGCUGUCACAGAGUCCGGCUUGACGCCCAUUCAUGUGGCAGCCUUUAUGGGCCAUGAAAACAUUGUCCAUGCGCUGACGCACCACGGAGCUUCGCCCAACACCACCAAUGUGCGAGGAGAGACAGCUCUCCACAUGGCAGCCAGGGCAGGCCAGGCAGACGUAGUCCGAUACCUGCUAAAGAACGGAGCCAAGGUGGAGACCAAGUCCAAGGAUGACCAGACAGCGCUGCACAUAUCCAGUCGGCUGGGGAAGGUCGACAUUGUCCAGCAGCUGCUGCAUUGCGGUGCGUCUGCCAAUGCUGCCACCACCUCAGGCUACACCCCCCUUCACCUGGCUGCCCGCGAAGGACACCAUGAUGUUGCUGCCAUGCUCCUGGACAAUGGUGCCUCACUCUCAUCUGCAACAAAGCAGAAAGGAUUCAGUCCCCUCCAUGUGGCAGCAAAGUAUGGCAAGAUGGAGGUAGCCAGUUUGCUCCUACAGAAGGGAGCUGCACCUGAUGCUGCUGGAAAGAGUGGGCUAACUCCUCUGCAUGUAGCUGCUCACUACGAUAAUCAGAGAGUGGCACUGCUGCUGCUGGAUCAGGGAGCUUCCCCACACGCUGCCGCCAAGAACGGCUACAUGCCCCUUCAUAUCGCUGCCAAGAAGAACCAAAUGGAAAUUGGGACCACACUGCUGGAGUACGGUGCAGACACCAAUGCAGUGACGCGGCAAGGCAUCAGCCCAAUUCACCUUGCAGCACAGGAGGGCAACGUGGAUCUGGUGUCACUGCUGCUGACCAAGAACGCUAAUGUCAACGUGUGCAACAAGAGCGGACUAACACCACUCCACUUAGCAGCUCAGGAGGACAAGGUCAAUGUUGCUGAAGUCCUUCUCAAUCAUGGGGCUGAUGUCAACCCACAAACAAAGAUGGGUUACACUCCGCUGCAUGUAGCUUGCCACUAUGGAAAUGCAAAGAUGGCAAACUUCCUGCUGCACAACCAUGCCAGGGUCAAUGGCAAAACCAAGAACGGGUACACUCCUCUACACCAAGCUGCUCAGCAGGGCCACACCCACAUCAUCAACCUGCUGCUUCAGAACGGGGCCUCGGCCAACGAACUCACUGUGAAUGGGAACACUGCCCUAUCCAUUGCCCGCCGUCUUGGUUACAUCUCUGUUGUUGACACUCUGAGGCCUGUGACUGAUGAAAACUUGGCCACUAUGAGUGCAUCCGAAAAGCAUAAAAUCAAUGUCCCUGAGACCAUGAAUGAAUUCCUCGAUAUGUCAGAUGAUGAAGUCCAGGCCAAUGUGCCAGAAACUCUCAGUGAGGAGUCUUUGUCAGAUGUUGAUGAAGGUGAGGAUGCAAUGACUGGGGAUACAGACAAAUACCUGCGGCCUCAGGACCUCAAAGAGUUGGGGGAUGACUCUCUCCCUCAUGAGGGGUACAUGGGUUUCAGCAUAGGAGCCCGCUCAGCCAGCCCUAGAAUCAGCCUCCGCUCCUUCAGUUCGGAUAGGUCCAACACACUCAACCGGAGCUCCUUUGCACGAGACAGUAUGAUGAUUGAAGAGAUUCUGGCUCCUACAAAAGACACGCUUCAGAGUGUCUGUAAAGACAUUUCCUACUUGGUUGACCCACUCAAUAAGCACCUUGCUGUGACCAGAGAUUACAGUUCGGAGUGUAUGAGACGCUACAGCUGGACUCCUGACACUAUGGAUCACAGCCACAACACUGUGUCUAGUCCAAUUCACUCUGGCUUCUCCUCCCCGCUCCCUCAGUAUGACUCCAGGUUCUUGGUCAGUUUCAUGGUGGAUGCCCGUGGUGGUUCCAUGAGGGGCAGCCGCCACAAUGGCAUGCGCAUCAUCAUCCCUCCCAGGAAAUGCACGGCACCCACACGUAUUACUUGUCGCCUGGCUAAAAGACACAAACUGGCCUAUCCUCCACCCAUGGUAGAGGGUGAGGGGCUGGUCAGCCGACUGGUGGAGGUCGGACCUGCUGGGGCUCAGUUCCUUGGUCCUGUGAUUGUGGAGAUCCCUCAUUUUGGUUCAAUGCGGGGGAAAGAGAGGGAGUUGAUCGUGUUGAGGAGUGAUAAUGGUGACACGUGGAAGGAGCACCAGUCUGACAUUAGACCAGAAGACCUCACAGAGCUGCUUUCUGGAAUGGAUGAAGAGAUGGAUAGUCCUGCCGAGUUGGAGAAGAAGCGUAUUUGCCGCAUCGUCACUGGAGAUUUUCCACAGUAUUUUGCUGUGGUGUCGCGGAUUAAGCAGGAAUCUAAUCAUAUGGGUCCUGAUGGAGGGGUACUUUCUAGCAGUACUGUUCCCAUGGUCCAGGCCUCAUUCCCCCCAGGAGCUCUCACCAAGAAGAUCCGUGUUGGCCUGCAGGCCCAGCCUGUGCCAGAUGACAUGGUGAGGGCAGUCCUUGGCAACAGAGCCACCUUCAGCCCCAUUGUCACUGUAGAGCCGAGGAGAAGAAAAUUCCACAAGCCGAUCACUAUGACGAUCCCUGUCCCACCUAGAUCGGCAGAAGGCCAUCCCAUCGGCCAUCGAGGCGAAUCGGCACCCUGCCUGCGUCUCCUCUGCAGCAUCACAGGAGGAACCUCCCCUGCGCAGUGGGAGGACAUCACAGGAACCACACCACUGUCCUUUGUAACUGACUGCGUUUCCUUCACCACAAAUGUUUCGGCCAGGUUUUGGCUCGCAGACUGUCACCAGAUUCCUGAGACGGUGAGUCUAGCGUCUCAGUUAUACCGGGAGCUGAUCUGCGUGCCGUACCUGGCCAAAUUUGUGGUGUUCGCCAAGAUGAAUGAUGCUGUUGAGGCUCGGCUGCGCUGCUUCUGCAUGACGGACGACAAAGUGGACAAGACCCUCGAGCAGCAGGAGAACUUUGAGGAGGUGGCCCGCAGCAAAGAUAUUGAGGUUCUUGAGGGCAAACCGAUCUACGUGGAUUGUUAUGGCAAUCUUUCCCCUCUUGCCAAAAGCGGGCAGCAGCUGGUAUUUAACUUCUUCUCCUUCAAGGAAAACAGACUUCCUUUCAACGUAAAGAUCAGAGACAUGGGCCAAGAACCAUGUGGGCGCCUCUCCUUCCUGAGAGAGCCAAAAACCACAAAAGGCCUUCCACAGACUGCCAUAUGCAAUUUGAAUAUCACACUGCCAACCCACAAGAAGGAUAUGGAGUCUGAUCCUGAUGAUGAGACUGAAAAGCCAGAGCGACGUCAUACCUUUGCCUCCUUAGCUUUGCGUAAGCGCUACAGCUAUUUGACCGACCCAGCAGCGAAAACAACUGAUCGAAGCUCGCCGAGAACACAGCCUUCUAGCUACCCUCACAAACCUGUCUUUUCAACGAGACCUUAUCAGGCGUGGUCGCCUGUUCCUGUCGCCGUCCCUGGCCAAGCCAAGUCUGGGUUUGGCUCCCUCUCCAGUUCGUCAUCCAACACGCCCUCUGCCUCUCCAUUAAAGUCUGUCUGGUCCAUCAACUCUGCCUCCCCCAUCAAGACAAACAUCCCUGGAUCACCUGCCUCUUCUGUAAAGUCAGUUAGUGACAUAGCCUCUCCCAUCCGAUCUUACAGAACCAUCUCCUCUCCUAUAAAAACGGUAGUCCAGCAAGCUCAGUACCCCGUCCAGGUCAGCCCCAGUCCCCUUUCUUCACCGGGCAAAAGUGCCCCAGAUCCUCUGUCUAUGAAAGGAUUGGCAGCAUUGUCUGCUAGAACCUCCCCUUUAACUGUCCCUGAAAGAGGGAGCACUCUUCUUGAAAGAUCAUCUAUGGGCAUGACCCCACCAAGCUCUCCCAAAUCUUCUCUGAGUAUGUUCAGUUCAUCCCUGCCAUAUAAGACUGUUAUGGGAGGAUCUAGUGGCACUGCAUCAUCCUCAUCACCUAUAAAAACUGUACCUGGUCUCUCUUCUGUGCGUUCCUUUGCCUCUGAUGUCACAAGCCCUGCAAGAAACCUGUUUUCGUCCCUUUCAUCACCACUGAAAUCCAACUCCUCCCCAAGUGCUGCAGCUUUGAUUAAUGGAAGUGUCUCGCCCACACAGUACCGUUCUUCAUCCCCAACAUCUCUUCUCUCCAGCAGUCUGCAAGAAAGGAUACAAGCAACCACCAAUGCUGCAACCACAAGUGUCAAUGCAGCAUUUGAUGAAGUUGAAAAAACAUUCAAUUCUUGCUCUGCAGGCUAUGGCACCCUGAAGUCCAUGUCUUCUUCUGCGUCUUCCUCAUAUCAGUCCAUUAGAUCAUCAGCUUCUAAUUCCCUGUAUCCCUCACUAAGAUCCCCCACUAAUGUUACCACUGCUGUAACGUCUAGUACAAUGACUGUUCCAGUGUACUCUGUUAUUAAUGUGCUGCCAGAACACCAGUUUAAAAAGUUACCUGAGGUGUCAAAGUCAGCUGCUGCUCUUCUAUCCCCAAGGAAGACUGUGCCAGUUGAGGUAAAUGCUCAGUUGCAGUCUUCCUUUGCCAAAACGCUUUCCCCUAUCAAAGCUCCCUUUUCUGCUGGCCUCAAGUCAAAUACCACAUCACCACUGUCAUCUAGUCAAGAGAUUCUGAAGGAUGUAGCUGAAAUGAAGGAGGACUUGAUUCGAAUGUCAGCCAUUUUGCAGACAGACCCAAAUUCCAUAGCAAAUAAAGGAUUUCAGUCUGAUUCUCCCAGAGAGGCUAAGAUAGAAGAUGAGGAGCCAUAUCGGAUUGUGGAGAAAGUAAAGCAAGACUUGGUAAAAGUCAGUGAAAUCCUCACUAAAGAUGGUGUGAAGGAUGGUAGGGUUUCCCUGACCAGGGAUUCAUUGGAUGACAUACAUUUCUCGAAAGUACAAGUUGAACAACCGCCAAGCAACUGGAGCUAUCCUCCAAGAUAUGAGACAGUGGUCCCUCAAGCCAAAUCGAAAACAAUUCCUGAUCGAGAUUUCAAUCUGUCCAAAGUGGUUGACUACCUGGCCACUGAUGUGGGCAGCAGCUCUUUCUCCAAAAUGUAUGAUACAAAGCAUAAAGCAGAUGAGGGCAAAAGAGAAGAAGAUGGGAAAGAGAAGCAGAAACGUGUUUUAAAACCCACCAUAGCAGUUCAGGAGCAUAAGCUCAAAAUGCCUCCAACAAACAUGAGGUCUUCUUCUUCUGACAAGGAGAUCAGUAAAAUAGCUGAUACGCUUUUUGGAGCAGAUACUGUGCUAGAAUCCCCUGAUGAUAUCUCACAUGAACAAGAUAAAAGCCCUCUCUCAGACAGUGGCUUUGAGACCAGAAGUGAAAGAACACCCUCUGCCCCUCAAAGUGCCGAAGGCAUGGGCCCCAAAGCCCUUUUUCAGGAUAUCCCAGUUCCACCAGUGAUCACUGAGACUAGAACUGAGGUUGUCCAUGUCAUCAGGAGUUAUGAGUCUCCAGAGGACAACAAACAACCUGCAAUGGAGGAUGCUCACCCAGUAAGAUAUAUUGAUUCAGAUGCUAAAGGGCAUCAAAAUCAAACUACGUCAACUGCAGACCAGAAUAAAUGCUAUUCAAUUAAAGUCAGCCCUGACGAAGAUCCCAUGGGGAAAGGGAUGAGGGUAAAGGAGGAAACUCAUAUCACUACCACCACCAGGAUGGUGUACCACAAACCACCUGGCAAAGAAUCAGCAUCUGAGAGGUGUGAGGAGACGAUGUCUGUGCAUGACAUAAUGAAGGCAUUUCAGUCAGGCAAAGACCCUUCUAGAGAGCUGGCUGGACUGUUUGAACACAAGUCAAACAAUGAGGAAACAUCUCAGAGAGUCCUCGAGGAUCUCAACUCCAAGCCUAAAGUUGAAAGAAUAAUUGAGGUUCAUAUUGAAAAGGGCAAUAAAACAGAACCAACAGAAGUCAUCAUCAGAGAGACAAAAAACCAUGCAGAGAAGGAAAUGUACUACUAUCCAGGGAAUAGACAAGAUGAGGAAGAGACCGAGGAGUCUCUCCCAGUGUACCUUGACUCCCCAAGAGUGAACACACCCAUGUCCCAGGAAGAAGACAGUCGCCCUAAUUCAGCCCAGCUCAUGACAGAUGACUCUUACAAAACUCUAAAGCUACUUAGCCAACAGUCUGUUGAGUACAAUGAGGAUGAGUCAUCAGAGCUUAGAGGGGAGUCUUACAAUUUUGCAGAGAAAAUGCUACUCUCUGAGAAAUUUGACCAAUCUCAUUCUGACACAGAAGAAUAUUUGAGAGAUAGGUCUCGCUUCUGCUCACCAGAUAGAAGCAGUCACAGUGAGGGUAGAUCAGUUGGGCCAAGGACAGAGUAUGUCUUUAGGUCAACAAGAAACGUCUUUGAUAAAUCUGGACGGAUGGCCAAUGUUGAUGACAACUUUGACAAACUGACACUUUUGCAAUAUUCAUCUGAGCCUGGUAGCCCCAAGCAGUCUGUUUGGAUGCGUGUGUCAGAUGACACGCAGAAUAAAGAGAGAGAACAGCUUAUAUAUGAGGACAGGGUGGACAGAACUGUAAAAGAGGCAGAGGAAAAGCUAAGUGAGGUGUCUCAGUUCUUCCGUGAUAAAACAGAACAGCUCAAUGAUGAGUUGUCAUCUCCAGAGAAGAAAUCUCGUAGACCAGACUUCAGAGAAUCACGGUCAGGGCCCAGCUCUACACACAGCAGUCCAGAAAGAUCAGCUUAUAGGAGUGGGAGUAGUGGGGAAGAGUGGAGCAGGGAAAGGCUUCGAGACAGGUUCACCUCCAGUGACAGGAAAUGUGCCAGUUUACCAAGCAGUCCAGAAAGGAGAGUAUUGUUACAGUAUUGUGAUUCCGACUCAAGAAGACAAGGUGAUGGUAAAUCACAGGUAACUACAGGUGAAAGCCCUAAACCUUUUCAGAUGUCUUCCUCCAAAGUCAGUGCAGUGAGGCUAAAGUUUGAGCAAGAGGCUCAAAGGCAAGAUCGGAAUCCUCAGGGUGUCCAGAAUUCAAAUCCCCCUAUCAGAAAGCUCCAGGAAAGUAAGCUUCCUGUUUACCAGGUAUUUGCUGGUUCAGGUGUCCCAAAAACAGGAGAUGGUGUGGGAAAUCAGAGGAGUUGUCAAGAGAGUGAAACAAAUAAGUUCUCACCCAAGCAUGAGACUAGUGGAAAAAAUCAAGAAGAGAGCAAGUUAUUCAGAACAUGGGAGAACCAGGGGUAUGGAAACUAUAAACCUCAAUCUCCCAAACUAUCUAAUUCAUUAAUCCAUGAUUCUAUGAAAAGCAGCAAUAAUAGUGAUUCCCAAAGACAAGAAACAACAAAAAAAAUAAUCUACACAGAAUUUGUUGUCCGAGAAAGUCCAACCAGCAACGAUAGUCUAAAAAAAAACUCGGAAUCACAAAUUCCUGUAAGAAAGCCAUCUAAUUUCUCAGAAAAUCAGAAAUCUCCCCCUUUAAAAACUGAUACCCCUAUUGAACCAUUUGAGAGGGCAGGGUCUCAUAGUUCAGCUCGAAAUCGGGUACACAGUAGCUCUGAAUCCAACAAGUCUACCCGUGGAUCAUCAUUAGGAAAAUCCACAGAUUCAUCAGAGGGUAGCCAGUCAAAUGUAGUGUGUAAUGGUGUUGAUAGUGACCAAGUAGAAUAUUUGGAUCAAGUAACUCCUGUAGUUGUAACUGAGGGUUUUAAAGAUAUUAAGCCCUUGCCUGUUUAUGUCAGCAUCCAAGUAGGAAAGCAGUAUGAGAAAGAGACAGCUUCGGGUCAGCUGGGAACAUACAAAAAGAUAGUAAGCCAUGAGAGUAGGACAGUGCAUGAAACCAGGGGUGCAUUUUACUCUGUCAAACAAAAGCAGUUGCCAUCGCCUCAAGGAAGUCCAGAAGAUGACACUCUAGAACAAGUGACUUUCAUGGAAAGCUCUGGGAAAAGUCCUGUUACCCCUGAGACCCCCAGCUCAGAGGAAAUGAGCCUGACCUCCAGAACGCCAGACUCUGUGAUAGGCUUCAUGCCUGGCAUGCCAAGUCCUAUCCCAGAGGAGUCUGAAGAGGAAGAAGGAAAGACCUUCAUCUACAAAGAGCCCUCAAAGGAAAAACCUAAGCCAGCUUCCCCAGAGAAUAAAAAGCAGGAUGGAGAGAGACAAAGGUCAAAGGACAAAAGAGUGGCUUAUAUAGAGUUUCCACCACCUCCUCCUAUAGAAGCAGAACAGUCCAAUCCAGAGAAAAGGGGUUCAUGUGCUUCUUCCUCAGAGACAGAGAUGAUGGAGGUUAACCUGCAAGAGGAACAUGAUAGACACCUCUUAGCUGAGCCAGUCAUCAGGGUCCAGCCUCCAUCCCCUAUUCCCCCUGGAGCUGAUAACAGUGACUCUAGCGAUGAUGAGUCCGUCUUUCAUCCCAUCCCACUCAAAAAGUAUACAUUUAAAAUGAAGGAAGAAGGAGAGAAACGUCCAAAACCCAAAAAAUCUGAGAAAAAUGGAAAUAAGGACUCUGGGAUUAAUGGUGUAGUAAAGGGAGAGGAGGCUGAUUUUGAGCAAAAUGGCAAUGAUCAGUCAAUCACUGACUGCUCAAUAGCGACCACUGCUGAGUUCUCUCAUGACACAGAUGCAACUGAAAUUGACUCUUUAGAUGGGUAUGACCUUCAGGAUGAGGAUGAUGGACUGAGUGAAGAUCCAAAAACAUCUAGUCUGUCUAAUGAUGGAAAAACAGCGGGUGCAUUUAGCCAGUCCAAGCUUGAAGUGAUAGAGGAAGAGAAAUGUGAGGAAGGGGGAGAUGGAAAGACUAAAAUCAGUGCAUCUUCUCUGCAAAGUAGUGGGGAUGAAAAAGAUUACACCCUUGAAGGAAGACAUCCAGAUAGACAGGGCUUUGGAGAAAACUACUUUGGCUAUCAACUUGAAGAGGAGCUGAAUUCACCCUUUAAAACAGUGGCCACCAAAGGUCUGGACUUUGACCCCUGGUCCACAAAAGGGGUUGAUAAUGAAGGGGUUUUUGAGUCCAAAUCAAAAGAUGAUGACCCAAAACCCUACGGCUUAUCAGUGGAGGACUCACAGGCUACAACUCCUGACACAACCCCUGCUCGAACACCAACUGAUGAGAGCACACCGACUAGUGAGCCUAACCCUUUCCCUUUCCACGAAGGGAAGAUGUUUGAGAUGACCCGCAGUGGUGCUAUUGACAUGAGCAAGCGGGACUUUGUUGAAGAGAGGCUUCAGUUUUUCCAGAUUGGUGAGCAUUCCUCUGACCCUAAAACAGGGGAAAAGGGGCGAGGGGGCAAGAUCCUGGGGGUACUUUCCUCUCAAUCAAAAACAGGGGAGAGGGCCACUGUAGAUGGAAAGGUGAAGGUUAUAGAUACUACCACAGACAGCAGCACUACACCAACAACACCAGCAGCAACUACAGCAAAAUGCAGUCCUGCACAGCCUCGCAGUGACACUGGCUAUGCUGGUACUGAUGCCCCCAUCUGUGAAGCCAUAGCUGAAACUGCCUCGUCUUGCACAAUCACAGCCUCUAAGGUUGAUUCGAAAUUACGUACUCCUAUUAAGAUGGGCAUAGCUGCCUCUAUAACUGUGAAAAAAGACUCAGGGGAUCUCACUGAUUGUAAAGCUGAGAUAUCUGAGGGCCAGCUGGUGCCAGAAUACAUUAGUAUAGAGGGGCAGUCUACAGACAGCAAGUCUAGCAGCCGCACUUCGCCCAGAUUAGAAAGAAGAGAUUACCCCUCUGAAAACUGCAACAACAAUAAUAACCUUGAGUCCUCCAAUGUACAGGCCAACUACAUACAGUGUGGCAGUGUGGUGUUUAAUUUGCAGUCCUCUUCUGAACCCACCCUCCAAAAAGCUAGUCGGAUAGAAACGCUUUGCUGUAGGGAAUUAGAAGAAAGAGUGGAAGUACACAGCAGUAGUCAGGUGCAGGAGGAGAAAAAUGAAACAGUUAAAGAAAAUGAAGUAAAGCAGCCCAAGUCAAGACUUCCAGUUAAAGCAUCAGGAUGGUCAUUUCACACGCAGGGAACAGCCAUAGGUAAACAGAAGCCGAAACAAGCAGUGAAAGUUGAGGUUAAAAAAAGAGGCGAGCCAGCCAUAGCCAAAGUAGAGCCCAGGUCUAGGAUACCAAUAAAGGAUGUUAAAAAGAGCAGCCCUGCUACUACAGCUAGCUCAGUUGUUUCAGUUCGGGUUACCUCACAGCCAACGAGGGCACUGGCCACAGAGAGAGCAGCCAUACAGUUGCCCUCAAGGCUUCCACUGAAGGACAGGCAUCAGAUCAGCAGUGUCGCAAUUGAGGGAGUAUGUAGACCAGACAGACAGGAAAACCCUAGUGAGCUUUGUAAGCGCACCAUCGAAUACUUUAAAGACAUUAGCGGGGAGACGCUAAAGUUGGUGGACCGCCUGUCAGACGAGGAGAAAAAGACGCAGACAGAGCAGUCGGAGGAAGACAGCACCUCCCGGAGCACCUCUCUGUCGGACGCCUCCCAGCCUUCCCAGCCCUCCCAGCCCUCCCGCUCAUCCAGGUCUGGUAGAGGUUCGAGGGCUGAGGCCGGGGCCGCGUCCGUAAGGGCAAAGGUGGCGACGACGGACAGGGCCUCCGGCAGUGAGAGGAGCAGGAGGAGUAGGCGGACUGGUGGGAAGGAGGGCAGUCAGGGACUCACAGGGUCUCGAACGCCUCCCAUCGCGGAGAUCAAGCCUAGUCCCCAAAGUCCUUGUGAGCGAACGGACUUGCGCAUGGCUAUAGUUGCAGAUCACUUGGGACUCAGUUGGACAGAGCUGGCUCGGGAGAUGAACUUCACAGUGGAUGAGAUCAAUCACAUUAGACUAGAGAACCCGAACUCUCUGACAGCACAGAGCUUCAUGCUUCUUAAGAAAUGGGUCAGUCGGGAAGGGAAAAACGCCACAACGGAUGCCUUAACUGCAGUGCUGACCAAAGUCAAUCGGAUGGAUAUUGUGACUUUGCUGGAGGGGCCAAUAUUUGACUAUGGUAACAUUUCAGGCACAAGAUGUUUUGCCGAUGAUAACGCUGUUUUCCGGGAUCAGGCUGAUGAUUAUCAGAGCAUUCUAGUGGAGCUGCAGUCCCCCGCCACACUGCACUCUGAUCCCUACUUCCUGGAGUCUGACCUCCCCGUCACUCCCAAUCCUUCCCUUGCACACCACCAACAACAGCACCAUUACCCAGAACCAGACACACCUUUGCUUGCUGACACCCAGCCUCAGCCCUUGCCUUGGAGUCCAGAGUUAGAGCCCAGUAACAGAGAGCCAGAAAGCCCCCCUAGGAGCCCCCCUAGACCCUGUGAGCUCACCCUAUCUGUCCCAGUAUUUGAACUUCCUGAUCCUAUUCCCUAUAAGCCCAGAAAGCCCCACAUUGCCCUGAAUGAUCAGCUGCUAUUGAGCGAGGAGGAGGACCGAUCUUUUCAAGAAAUGGAGCCGAUCCACAGGCCCAGGUCACGGUCCUUUCCCACGAUGUGUGAAUUAGAUGUUGAUAUGGCAUACUCCACAUCUUCCCCUUCAUUAUCAUCAAUUUCAUCGAUAACCCCUUCAUCACCAGAGAGAGCACAAAUUGGAGAUGGAAGAGUGCAGCUGGAUCCCUUUAAUGGGGUAAAACAGGAUGUUUGUUUGAAAAGAGGUGAAAAGGAAGUGACAGAAGAAUUAGGGAACGUUGUUGAAGUGGCUGCAGCAGAGUUGGAAGAGGGAAGUGCAUUAGUGGAAAAGUGGGUAGAGCGAGACUUAAUUGAAAAUGUGGAAAGAAAAUGUGAGAUGAUAACAAAAGAUAGGUCUAAACUAACAGAGGAAAAUUUGGUGGAACAGAAAGAGGGGUUUGAAGAGGAAGAGAAAGAUUUAGUGAGUAACCAGCAGGACAAUAUUCAUGACGGGAAUGAGGGGACAGCCUAUGUUAUGGAAGUGGUGAGAGAUGUACAGCUGUUAAACGAGCAGUAUGACCUGCCAGGAAAUGGGCAUGAAAUGGAAAAAGCUUGUGCCACAUUUGAAGCAGAUAGCAGAAAAGUUGAUGGAGACGCUGAGAAAGUUUUCUGUAAGGGUGAUAGAAUAGAUGAUACACAUGAAGAUAUGCAGUUUAAGGAUUCGACGUUGUGUGGCAGUGAAAAGGAUAUUUGCAGUACAUCACAACAGGACGUCGAGGACCAGACUGUAGUCCGCCUCUCCCCUCAGGCCUGGGAUGAGGCACUUGAGGAACUUCAGCUCAAUGAAGAAGAUGAGGAGGAGGAGGAGGAUAAAGAGAUCAAAGAAGAAGCAUUAGGGUCUUUGUUGGAGGAGGUGAAGAACAAAGGUGGCUCAGAGGAAAAGGAGGAGAACGAAGAGAUGACCAAGUCCAGGAUUCAGGAGCUUUGUGAUCACAUUGAACAUGCAGAACAAGACCUUUGUUCACUUUCAGGUUGGCACAGCGAUUCAUCCAGUGUCAAUGUGGAACCACCAACGCCAGGACGCAGUGUCAGCUCAGACUUGCUCGACAGACGAGAAAGCCAAGAGAACUCUAGUGACUCCAUCACCUCCUCAUCUAGAGGAGAAUCAGGGAGGUCCCGACAGAACGGCGACAACUCAAAGCACUCACCUCAGGACGGCUCAUCUGAAUCAUCAAAUGGCAGAAAAGAGGAGGGAACACUAAUGUCAGAGAAAAAAGUCCAGCGAGUUAGUGUAGAUUCCGGUUCAGAGGAAGAACAGACAGUAACCACCAGAAUCUUCAGACGCCGUCUAAUUUUAAAGGGAGAAGAAGCAAAGAAUAUCCCAGGUGAGACCAUGACAGAGGAACACUAUAUGGACCAAGAUGGUAACCUCAUCAGUAGAAAAGUCAUAAGGAAGGUUAUUCGCCGGGUGUCUACUCCCACACCAGAAAACCAAGGAGGUGACAGGUGGCACAAAGACCUUCACCACAGUCCCAUUCUGCAAGAAGAUGCAUCAGAGCAUGGAGAGGGGUCAAGGAAUAGCAGGCGGAAAGAUGAUAGAAGAUCAGGGGAUAAAAAGCACCACUCAUAGGGAUGGUUACUCUCUUCCAGAUACAGAGGAACCAAGUUCAACGUUUCCUGGGAACAAGUGUUCAGAGGGCUAAGACUUCAGGUUCGAGGACUUAAAGCAAGGUCCAGUGUGCCACUAUCUGCUCUAAAUAAAUGGCUUUCACAUGAAAGGAGUCAACCCUUCUGACUUGCGCAUGAGCAUGAAAAACUCACUCCCUGUCAAUUAAAGGACCAAGAAGUUCUCACUUUCUGACUGUGGUGGACCAGUGGACAUUGAUCCUGCUUCCUGUUUUGUGUGAAACAAUACGUGCCAUCGGUCCACUGGUGUUGUGAGAGCUUUUUGGAGGAGCGUCGUUUGUUGCGAAAAACGACAGAGACUCCAUUACUGACAACCACACAGGUGCAACUGUGACCAAAGAUGGCACAAGAGCUCAAUGCACAUGGUGGGUGAAAAGAAUGAGGUAGACACAAUAACACACACAAGAAAAAUCGAAUGGACACUUCUAAUCCAACUUCAACACUCGCCUUAUAGUUUUUUCUUGAACCCAUUGUUGUCAGGAUGUAAAUUGUUUGGGGGUUUUUUUCCUUCCUUUUUAAAACUUAAACACAACUAACACAAAAGCUUUUUUUCCUGUAUAUAAAAUUAUAAUGUGUAUAAUUCUUUUAAAUCGAAUGGACAAGUUGCUGGUUGCGAACGCACUGAGGAGAGUGACCUUUUCAAGUGCUUUCAAAAUUUACUGAAACGAUUUCACUUUUAAAGAUUUGAGUGUAACUUCACGGGUUCUUGUAUAAUUAAUUACUAGAACAGGUAUAAUGUUUGUACAUGAAAAAGCUGGUUUGAUUUUAACAGAAGAAAUUUCCAGAAAAAAAAUCUAAUUUCUGUAAUUCCCAAAGUGGGAAUGGAUCUAAUCCUGCAAAAAAAAGGAGCUUUUCAGAGUACUCAUAUUUUCAUGCAUGCUGUUCACAUUAUUUUAAUUACAAUUUUUACAGGUUUGCAAAACACUGUAUUCAAAUGAAUCCCUUUAUCACUAUACACAUAUAGCCCUGACGUUUGUCACCGAUUUUAUAUUUCAAAUUGAAAAAGGAUACCAUUAAAGCUUUUAUCAUGUUGGGGUGAGGAUGAAAAAAAAUCUCUAGCUUCUUGAGGAUGUGAUGUCUUGUCUGUCUGUGUAAAACUGGAGGGCAGCUUCUGCUACAGGAACGAAGUAAUCAGAAUGUAAAUGCUAGUAGGCUGGCUCGCUGUAAAAUUAUACUUGUAUUGUGCAUAUUGGCUAUAAGGUUUAGGAGUCUCUGUACACUGUAAGACUGUUUGUAAACAUUUAGCAGUGUUUCAGUUUGGUUUUCUAAUGGCUGCUGUGGUAUUAAAGGAAAACUGGGGCAUUUCACUUUGGAUUCUUUGGUGAAGUAUUUCCUUAAUUUAAAACCUACUCACAUUAAGGACACAUAAAGACAUUGUUUGAUUGUAGCUCCAAAUAGCAUAUUGUAUGACAAAACACUGGAUGGUCAGAACCAGUUAUUUAAGCAUUAAAUAAAUUGUGUUUUAACUCUGAAACUGUGUGAUCUCUUUAGGCUUGAGAGUCUGUAUAUGCAGUGUCGAAUAGAAUUGUUUUCACUAGCUCACUGACAAAGUUUUAUUUUACACACUUUACAUGACAUUAGGAAUUUAUGUAUCAGUUUUCAUUAGAUGCCCAUGUAGUUAAAGUGUGGUGUUCUACUGCUGCGAUGGCUCAGUAUGCUGAUGUCUAUGCUGUGGACAUGAAAACUAUGUAACUUUUUUUUUU